GCGCAGACCUAACUCAAACACGAGUGCGCGUUGCUCUCCUCAUCCAACUUUCUGGGAUGUUCACAGUUGAUGGAAACAUCGUGAAACUGGAGGUUAACAAAGGCCACUGAUCAAAGGGAGCUGUACGACAGAGCGAGCCCUGUUCAGAUUCCUGACGGAGUGCAGAGGACUUUAUAGAGUAUUUUAUUCAUUUCCCCCUUGGAAAGUCCUGAGGCCUCUGGGUUCCAAAAAAAAGAAGGAAAAUAAAUAAAUAAAAAAUGGACUGUUCAGGCCAGAUAAGAACUAUCCUUCUGGGGCACAUCCUGGUGCUCUGCCUGGGUAUGAGUGUGGGUCAGAGAGACUGUACUGGGGUGGACUGUCCCGUGAUGGACAACUGCAUCGAGGAGGUCCUGGAAAGGGGCGCGUGCUGCGCGUCCUGUCUGAAGCGUGGGUGUGCCUGCGAGGGCUAUCAGUACUACGACUGCCUGAACGCGGGCUUCCGUGGCGGCAAAGUGCCCGAGGGCGAGUCCUACUUCGUGGACUUUGGUAGCACGGAGUGCUCGUGCCCGUCAGGCGGCGGUCGCAUCACCUGCCACUUCAUCCCGUGCCCGGACAUUCCGCAGAACUGCAUCGAGACGAUCACGCCGAUGGACGGCUGCCCUCAGUGCGAGCGCAUCGGCUGCGUCCACCAGAGCCAGAAGUACGAGGCCGGCCACACUUUCCAGAUGAGCCCGUGCGAGGUUUGCCACUGCCCAAACGACGGCGGUAGCCUCAUGUGCUCCCCAGUUCCAGGCUGUGACCCCCAGAAGGUCAAGAAGCCCAUGUUAGCGUCCACUGUAGAGGACCGCGACAGCGAGCCACACCCCGGGACCUUCAGUAACUUCCUGCCCCUCUACAAAGAGGAUCCUACAGACACGCCCACAGAUGAAGACUACGACUACAUGACUGACCUCACCACAGCUGAUACCCAAGACGUGGUCGAACCCGCCGAGCCAACCUCUUCGCCUCCCUCUUUCUCGGAAACGUCGUCUUCCCACGCCUCCUUUGGAGAAGGCCCCAGACAAGAGCUUAGGGAGGCACAGGGGGCUUACGAAACCAGAAACGCAGAGGAACACAUGACAAGUCCUCCCUCCGCUGCGGAUACCAUAACCUCAAGACUCCAGGAGAGUACAACGGCAGCGGACAAAGCCCAGGCCCCAAAGCACCAUGGGCCGCCCCGGGAGGCCUCUGAGGGCCAGAGCCGACGACAUGCUGAGACCCAGAGAGGAGCCCAAGAAAGGGACCUCCCGCACACUGCUCACAGCGAGAGGAACCCCAGACACAAGACCCACCAUGAGCACAGGGACAGCCAUGCCCCUGGUCAGGGAGACAAUCAUUUGCCAGACUCCCGCGACGGGCGCCAGGACAAUGCCCUGCCCUCAUUGAAAUUCAGCCCCUCUAGGCCGCCACCUGUGAACGUGAGAGAGGACCGCGGGCACCCUUCGAGGAGGCAGUCACAGACGCUGCUCCACUAUCAUACGGGACAGGAGAAGGAGCACGGCAGCAGCAGCCCACCAUAUUCCCACCAGCUGUCGGCGAAGGAGCUGGUGGAGGUGUGCUGCGAGGCGGGAGAGAAGUGGGCCUCCGUCCAUGGACACUGCUCCAACAUGGCCGCCGUGCGAGAGGACACACACUCCAUCUGUUGGUCGGCUCAGAAGCAGUGCUGCAGCGGCUCCCUGAAAGAGAGAAAGUGUUUGGCCGGCGUCACGGCUGCCAAGCAAGGGGACGCUUGCGAGCUGGACGACAAUGAUCACUGCGGCGUGGACUCCUAUAAGGAGUGCUGCAGCUGCUGCUCGCUGGGCCUGCACUUCCGUAAGGAGGGUCUGCCCUGCGAGGCCCACCAGUACCUGGGCCUCCCCUGCAGCCACGUCUUCCUGACCUGCUGCGAGGGAGAGGAGGCCGCCAGCUGGAGCACGCUUCGCCAGAGACCACCGCUGCAGCCCACUACACCGCCAAAGAGAGUGUCGGACAGCCCGUACCCCAAGGAGGCCUUCUCCAUCGGGGACGCGGAGGAUGCGGAGAACACCGUGGAGGGGGCCGAGGGCCUGCGCGACCUGGAUGAGUGUAAGCUCGAGGGCAAGCUCUGCCACCACACGUGCAUCAACACGCAGGGCUCCUAUGUGUGCGCCUGUUACCCGGGCUACACGCUGCAAGAGGACGGCCACAACUGCGAGCCAGAGACUGAUGCAGAGGAGGAGAACAGACUGAUGGAACAGGAACAUGAGAGUCCUGCUGCUGCUGAGACUACAACAGCUCCGGCACCACCCACCACCACCUCCACCAGCGCUCCAACCACCAUCUUCCAUGACCCAUGUGCAGGAAAUGGCCCAUGUGCGCAUAGAUGCACCCCGGUGGAAGGGCGGCCACAGUGUUCCUGUUUUCCAGGAUUCUCUCUGGCAGCGGACAGCCACUCAUGUGAAGAUGUAAAUGAGUGUUUGCUUAUGGCCCAUAACUGCCAGCUGAAUGAGAGGUGCGUCAACACGGUUGGCCAUUACUUCUGUGAGAGACUCAUCGUCUGCCCUGCAGGCUUCCAGGAGAACAACAACGUCUGUGAAGAUAUCGAUGAGUGUGCACAGAGGACCCAUAACUGUCAGAUGGGCUAUGAGUGCCGCAACACACCGGGCUCCUUCACCUGCCAGAUCACUGCCAGGUGCUCCAGUGGCUUUACCCAGGAUGCCAGUGGGCACUGCGUUGAUAUAGAUGAAUGCAGCAGUACUGCCCAGCCCUGCAGUUCAGGGUACAACUGCAUCAACACCGUGGGGUCGUACACCUGCCAGAGGAAGGUCAUCAUCUGUAGCCGUGGCUACCAUGCCAGCCCUGAUGGAAACAGGUGCAUAGAUGUGGACGAAUGUCAAACCAGAGUCCACCGCUGUGGAGAUGGGCAGACGUGCCACAAUCUGCCUGGCACCUACCGCUGCGAAUGCCAGCCUGGGUACCAGUACGACAUGUUCCGCAAGAUGUGUGUGGAUGUGAACGAGUGCUGGCGCUACCCAGGCAGGCUGUGCGCCCAGACGUGUGAGAACACCCCCGGCUCCUACCAGUGCUCCUGCACCGCCGGCUUCCGCCUCUCCAGCGACGGCAAGAACUGCGAAGAUGUGAAUGAGUGCCUGAACAACCCCUGCAGUCAAGAGUGCGCCAACAUCUAUGGCUCGUACCAGUGCUACUGUCGCCAGGGCUACCACCUUCGGGAGGACGGCCACACCUGCGAUGAUAUUGACGAGUGUUCUCAGAGCAUGGGACACAUGUGCACUUUCAAGUGUGUGAAUGUUGAGGGCAGCUACCAGUGUGCCUGCCCUGAGUACGGCUACACCAUGUCCCCUAACGGCCGAUCCUGUUUAGAUAUUGAUGAGUGUGCUAUCGGGACUCACAACUGCUCUGUGUCAGAGACCUGCUACAACAUCCAGGGAGAUCACCGCUGCCUGUCCUUCAGCUGCCCCGACAACUACCGCCACGUCUCAGACACACGGUGUGAGCGGAUCAACUGUCCUAACUUCGUCGAGUGCCAGAACGCUCCUCUGAGGAUCACCUACUACCAGCUGAGCUUCCAGACCAACUCCAUCAUCCCAGCGCAGAUCUUCCGCAUUGGGCCGUCACCGGCCUACUCCGGAGACAACAUCAUCAUUAGCAUCCCGCGUGGCAACGAGGAGAACUACUUCAGCACGCGCAAGCUCAACACUUACACGGGCGCCAUCUACCUGCACCGACAGGUGCGCGAGCCGCAGGACUUCCUUAUCGAUGUGGAGAUGAGGCUGUGGCGCCAGGGCACCUUCACAACGUUCCUCGCCAGGAUCUACGUCUUCAUCACAGCACCUGCCCUCUAACCGAAACACCACCACGCCUACAAACUCGAGCCCUCUAACCAGCUACCACUAUGCCUACAAAAUCAAGCCCUCUAACCAGCAUACCACUAUGCCUAUAAAGUCAAGCCCUCUAACAAGCACCUACAGUAUAAAUUCCCUGUAGGGAGUAUAGUAUAAAAGCCCUUGCCUAACCACUAUGCCUUUGAACUGAAGCGCUCAGUUAGUCACAUUCACAGUUGUGGUGGUUAACCUUUCUCCUGGAGCCCUCUCAGCAGGCUUACUGUCGUGGCCUGCUCUACAUCACAGUGGAGAACCCUCCUGUUCUCUAACUUCUCCCUCACACGUGUAACACAGCCGGGCCACGCCUACUAGAUCUCCUUUCAGGAAGACACUAGUCAGGAACACGACAGUUCACCAGUGUUUCCGUCGGUUGGCUACCUGCCCAAUCAGCAACUAGAGGGGAUGACGAAACCGAAAGGGCUAUUAUAUGGUAAACGGCUAUGGUAAACAUCAACAAAUGCAGUGGGAGAAAUGAAGAAAUGUAUUUACAGCAAAGGCCCACAUAUAUUGUUCACUGACUACCGAUGCUGUUUAUUGUCAGUUUGUAAAGUUUAGGCGAAGGAAGGAGGAAUGUUAGGAAUAUCUGAUCAAUGUGAUUGGUAAGGCUGGACCAAUGAUUUCAAAGUUCUACGCCCGUCACCAUGCUAGCUUGUAAACGAAUCCCAAUCAUGAGUGACCAGACUCUAUUCACUCGUGAAUGAGUUUGGUUUUCCAGGCUAGUAACACCUAGCUCACACCUGUAAUAGCUAGCUCAAAAAGAUCAUCUUUAGAGCGAAACAGGAUCACAAGAACAGGACACAGGUACCAUCCCAGUGUGUGAACAUUAACAUACAAACAAAGACUGACAAUGGACUGAGGAAACUGAGGGUUUAAAUGCUUUCUGGCCAAUUAUGAUUGUUUAAAUACUCUGGGGCUAAUUAUGACACACAACACAGGGUGAAAUCAAUGAUCCAAUCAUCAAGGAAAACAAAACCAGGAAGUGAAAAAGGACCAGAAACAGAGAAAUCAAGAAAGAUACCUCUCUUGAAUCACUUUAUUGAACUUCAGGCCACUGGUGGUGUGAUGACAAGCAUCAGUCUGAUUAAAAAGUUUGUGGCUUGAAACUUCAAUAAGGUACUUCAAGAGAGCAGUGCAGCAGAUUUUCUUUUUCUUUUGCUCCUGAUUACGUGGACUCACUUGAUUGGGUUAAUCAAGGGCAUCGUUAUCACCCCACAUUAUCACCCCCUGUAGUUGUAGCAGGCAGGGGUAGCGAGAACAUGUUGAAUCCAGGCAGACCCUAGGAGGUGGAUUGAGAACCCCUUAAUCAGACCAAAGCCCCACAGGGCAGAACUGGCCCUAUGGACAUUAUGGUGCAAACAUGUCAUUUUGUGGUUGCAGACCUACUGCGGUGAUGUCACUCUGAAAGGCCAGUGAAAAAAACAUACACACCAUCGCCCUGAGUCUUUGGUUUAGGACUUUAUGGACAGGAUAAGACACAUUCACUUUAAUUUUUGAGUUUAAGAAAAUUCGAAGGCAAUAAAUAAAUCCUGAACCAUAUCAUCAAUAUUUACAGCGCAUAUGGAACUAUUUCAAUCAUUCUGCCUUUAGAGUUUCAUCAUUACUUUUUGUCUAGAAGUAUUUUGAGAACUCCGAUUACAUAUUGCAAUAAUCCUGGACUGGAACUCUUAAAAAAGAAUCCCUUCUCACUGCCAAACUGUUGUCCGCCAGGGUCAGGAAAGAAACCGUCCAGGGGUAUUUUGACUUAACCCAUUAAGACCUGAUACACCUUUUUAAGUGCUUCUCCCUUUAAAAUCGGAUGCAGUGUUUCUGAUUCAGGUUUUAGCAGGUGGUUCUCAGAAAAUGCUUAGGUUUUAGAGAGCCUUUUUAAUGGGCACUCUAUCUUAAUAGGUUAAACCAGCCUACAGCUGUUAUCUGUAAUGUCUGCCGAGAUUAUGAUCAUAUGCCUUUAAGAAGUAGAUUGUGUACAUUAUAUUUAUGCUGCCUACUUUUCUUCUUACCUCAUAAAUGGAAUGAUACUGGAAAGGGGAAGGCUCUUAAUUUGAGAUGUGUGUUGUUCAAGAUGAAAGAUGAAUAUGUUUUUGAAAUGGGCAUGUUAAUACUUUUGCUAUUUAUCUCCAGCACAUGCACCACUAUCCUCUUAAAACGAUUUUGAGAGAAUUCUUUUGCUAAAUAUUCUAUUCUGUUCGCACAUGUAUUUGUGAUUUCUGGCACAUUAUUAUAUGGAUGUAUAAAAUUUGAAGCUGUUUCCAUGAAUUCCUAUGGUUUUUGGUAAAAAAUAAAUAAAUACAUUAAAAUGUA